UUGAUAUUUAAAGAUUAUCUUUUAAGGUUGUUGAUAUUUUUAGUAUUAGUAAUUUGUGUUUUAGUUGGGGUUGGAUUUCUGACUUUAAUAGAGCGGAAAGUUUUAAGAUAUAUUCAGAUUCGAAAAGGCCCUAAUAAAUUGGGUUUUAUUGGAUUAUUACAGCCUUUUAGAGAUGCAAUUAAAUUAUUUUCUAAGGAGCAAAUUUUUCCAAUAUAUUCUAAUAUUAAUUUAUAUUAUAUAUCUCCAAUUAUAAGACUAUUUUUUUCAUUAUUAUUAUGGGUUUCUAUACCUUUUUAUUCUUUUAAUUUUAGUUUUAAUUAUUCUUUUCUUUUUUUUUUAAGUGUAUCAAGAUUAGGGGUUUACGGGAUAAUGAUAGCUGGUUGAUCUUCUAAUUCAAAUUAUGCUCUAUUAGGGAGAUUACGUUCAGUAGCUCAAACUAUUUCUUACGAAGUUAGGUUAGUUUUGAUUUUAAUAAGAUUUUUAUUUUUAAUUUAUAGAUUUGAUAUUUUUGAUAUAUUAAAGUAUCAAGAAUUUGUUUGAUUUUUUUUCUUGGAUUUUCCUUUAGUAAUUAUAUGAAUAGUAACAUGUUUAGCAGAAACUAAUCGUACUCCAUUUGAUUUUGCUGAAGGUGAAUCUGAAUUAGUAUCAGGAUUUAAUGUUGAGUACAGAAGUGGGGGUUUUGCAAUAAUUUUUUUAGCUGAAUAUUCGAAUAUUUUAUUUAUAAGAAUACUUAGAAGGUUUAUAUUUAUAGGAGGAAAUUUAAAUAAUUUAACUUUUUUUUUAAAAUUAAGGUAUUUAAGGUUUUUUUGAGUUUGAGUUCGUGGGACUUUACCUCGAUAUCGAUAUGAUAAAUUAAUAAAUUUAGCUUGAAAAAGUUAUUUAAUUGUAUCUUUGAAUUUUUUUUUAUUUAGGCUAGGGUUAGUAUUAAAUAUUUUAAUUAUUAAUAAUUUUUUUAUUUAG